AUGCUGUCUGCAAUGUUCUUUGCAAUGUUGUCUACAAUGAUGGGACUCUCCGUCGCCCGGCCCGGGUUUUUUAACGAGCUGGAAGGACAUUUAGCGGUGGAAAGCGAGCCUAAAGAAGUGCGGUCGGAGGCGAUCAGGAGGCUUUUGGAGGUGUUUGGGAUGGAGGAUCCUCCUGCUGCUUUGGGUCGGGGACACAAACAGCCUCCUCAGUAUAUGCUGGACCUGUACAACACCAUUGCGGAUGUGGACGGAGUCACCAAAGACCCGACUCUGCUCGAGGGAAACACGGUCCGGAGCUUCUUCGACAAACUGCACAGUGAACGAAUCGAGUAUCUCUUCAACAUGUCCACUGUAGCCAAGAGUGAGAAGAUCCUGACGGCUGAACUUCACCUGUUCAAACUCAGACCAAAAACAUCACUCGUCUUAAACAGACAUCACUUCUGUCAGGUCAGUGUCUAUCAGGUUCUGGACAGCAGCAACAAAAAUGUCUCGCAAGGGAAGAAGCUGCUCUCAUCUAGAUUGGUUCGCAUUCACUCCAGCGGCUGGGAGGUUUUCACCAUCACUCAAGCUGUGCGCUCGUGGAUGUCCAACGAGGGCAGUAAUCUGGGUCUGCUGGUUUCGGUCAGGACUCUCGCGGGCUUUCAGAUGGACCUGAAAACGGUGCGUUUCGCAUCGGGUCGUGAUCAUCAUCACAGCAAACAACCCAUGCUGGUCUUGUUCACUGAUGACGGCAGACGGGCUGCUUCUCUGGAGGUUACCAGUAAAGGUUCAGAUGUUUCUCCUGGCGGCCCCAGUCUGCCAUUUCCCAGCGUCCCGGCAUCCCGUAGAAGCUCUCGCUCUGUGGAUUAUGAUGAUAAAGGAGAAAAGAUGGCCUGUCAGCGUUUGCCACUCUACGUGGACUUUGAGGAGAUUGGCUGGUCCUGCUGGAUCGUGUCUCCCAGAGGAUACAAUGCAUAUCAUUGCAAAGGCUCCUGUAUAUUUCCUCUGGGCCAGAAUAUGAGGCCUACGAACCACGCCAUCGUCCAAUCCAUCAUAAACACCCUCAAACUCAACAAAGGCAUCCAGACGCCCUGCUGCGUCCCGGAUAAACUCUACAGCAUCAGCCUGCUAUACUUUGACGAUGACGAGAAUGUGGUGCUGAAACAGUAUGAUGAUAUGGUGGCCGGAAGCUGCGGGUGUCGCUGA